AUUGCGCAUGCAUGCUUUGUAUCGGCUUUGGAGGGGCGUAGAAAGGAGGCCAUAUUGUACAGUUGAAUUGAAAGAACGAAAAUAAUUGUAUCGCUCGCGUUCGCGCACCGCCCUUGGAUUCCCUCUAUUUUUGUCUCGUAUCGUUUUGCGCGACGGCGACGUUUGUCCGUGGUCGCGUGCCGCGACAGCCGUCACGAGAACAACGUACGGGAGCCAAUCGGCGGCUCCUGUGUGGCCUCCUGUCUCUUUGUAUAUAAGCCAUACACAUCGCGCAGUAGUACGGUUCCAACAACCCCAGAGACACCCGACUUGUCGGCUUAUUAAAAGGUGCUUGUUGCUUGCUGCUUGAUCGAGAUGGGCACUCGGGACGACGAAUACGAUUAUUUAUUUAAAGUUGUUCUUAUCGGAGAUUCUGGAGUAGGGAAAAGUAAUCUUCUAUCUCGAUUUACGAGAAAUGAAUUCAAUUUGGAAUCAAAGUCUACUAUCGGAGUCGAGUUUGCAACACGCAGUAUACAAGUAGACGGUAAAACUAUUAAAGCUCAAAUUUGGGAUACAGCUGGUCAAGAGCGCUAUCGUGCGAUCACUUCUGCAUAUUAUCGCGGAGCAGUCGGUGCACUACUUGUGUACGAUAUUGCGAAACACCUGACAUAUGAAAAUGUAGAAAGAUGGUUACGAGAAUUACGGGACCAUGCUGAUCAGAAUAUUGUGAUCAUGUUAGUGGGAAAUAAGUCAGAUUUAAGGCAUCUGCGUGCUGUUCCAACUGACGAGGCUAAGGCGUUUGCUGAGAGGAAUGGCUUGUCUUUCAUUGAAACAUCUGCUUUAGAUUCUACUAAUGUUGAGACAGCAUUUCAAAAUAUAUUAACAGAAAUAUACAGAAUCGUAUCGCAAAAGCAGAUACGAGACCCACCUGAAGGUGAUACAAUCCGGCCACAGAACGUAGAACAAAUUGAAGUUAAACCAACGAUGAAUGCUGAGGGAAUGCGUAAGCAGUGCUGCCAGUGACUCACCUUGUUGCUUAAAAUAAGCAGUCAUUUGGAGAAGGGAAAAAUGGAAGUACUAGCUGAUGGUAGAUAUAACAGAUGCAUAACAGAACAAGAGCUAAGACUAUAUGCGCAAGCAUGUAAUCUUGUAUGCUAGAGAAGAUUUUACUCUAUCAUCCUUGCGAGAGAGAGGACAUCUAACCAAUUAAAAUGAGAGUAUGCAUUACAUAUUCGUGGAAAUAAUCAAGUAAGGAUAAACGUGAAACAACUGUAUAAUGCUAUAUAAGCGCGAAUAUACAAGUGUACCAGUCUUUGUCCGCGAAAAAGAUCAUCUUUACUCUCUUUCUCUCUCUUUGUCUGUCUCUCUAUCUGUCACGAUAUAAAUUAUGUUAUAAUAAAUAAAUGUUGUAUUACUGCUUCUUUGUAAUACAUAUAAACGGUUCUUAAUGCGUAGUAUGAUUGUGAGUAUGUGAACAGUUUAUGGUCAUAUAUGCAAUGAAAUAUCAUGAAUAAGUACUUUAUCACAUGCACUGCAUAGAAGAAACAAAUACUAUAUGUAUAAAUAACGGUCUUACACGGCAUGAUGAUAAAAAGGCAAGAUGUGAAAACAGAUUGUCUUUUCUCGUUGCUCACUCUCGGAUCUUCGCAAAUAAUGGUAUAUUGGUCUGUAUAAGCUUCUUGGCACUAUAUGCUUCGGGAUUAUUUUAUUUUUACAUGGAGCUUUCCACUUCAGACUUCUUAUCGAAUAAAACUGUAUAAGAGAAUGCGGUUACAAAUAAAGCUAUAUAGUAGGCAUUUUUCAAAAUCUUAAAAUACUGCUUUCUCUCUGUGUGGCUAUACUGUAAUAUGUUAUUGUCUCGCACAUGAGUUUUUAUUGUAUCCAAAAUAAAGAGAGUGAGUAAAAGUGUUAACAAAUCAAGAUGUCUCGAUGGAUUAUGUAAAAGAUAUCAAUGGUUUUCAAAAAGAUUUACCACUUAUAUAAUGAUAAUCUUUAGGAAGAUUAUUAAGAAAAAGCAAGAUUAAUAAAAGAUAAUUAAAGCAUCGUGCGUGCGUUUAACCUGA